GGUCUUCUUUGGUCAUCUUGUGUAAAAACCCAAUAUUUAUUAAACAAUUACGUUAAGAAUUUAUUUUAUCUUUCAUCUGCUUCCUUCAUCAUCUCUCUCUCUCCAUCGCGUACAACAGUAACACAAACCAUUUUUUUUUAAAUCUUUCUCUCUCUUCUCUCAAUCGAACUUUCAGAGAAAAAAAAUAUAAUCUUUGCCGAGUGGAAAAUUUCCGGUGAAGCCGUCCCGAGUGACUCGGGCUCUUGCCCGGUAUCUUUCAGCUUCAAUAGUGGAGAUAACCGGUUUUAUGUCGAGCAAAUCCAGCUUCCAUAAGUGGUGUUGACUGGUUUUUAUCUUUUUUCCAGUCAAUCGGAUUAUUAUCGAUUGCUUUACUUCUUUUCCAUGUUUUCUUUCAAUAAUUUCUAAAAAUCUGAGUUGGUAAUUAGUUUUAAGUGCUAGCUAUUUAAAAUUAAUGUCUCUGGCUUUUGGUUUUAGAAACCUCGAUUUGCAAGAAAUCGUUCAAACGAUUACAUCUGGGUUUGAAAGAUUGAAGGAUAAUCCGAUGCUUAUUAGGAUUCUCUUAAGCCGUCUAUUUCUUUGGGAGCUCCAUCCAUAUCUAUUCUGGUGGUAAACAAAGAUUAUUCGUACGUUUUAUUCGGCGAUGUUUUCCUCCACCGGAUUUGGUGCUCGUCGACGGUGGAGGCUGAUGUCCGUACACUUCCGAUGACUCAUUUACAUGUGCUGUAGUUAUAAUCUCAUGUCAACACGUGUCUUUGGAUAGAGUCAAAUGUUGAAGAUCUUUUGGCUGUUGAUAUUAAUCUGGUGGAUCUGUUGUUGGACCUUUCUUUUAUUUCAGCAUAAUCGUUGUAGGCUUUUACGCCUUAUACCCCUUUGGUGGUUAAUGAAAUUUACUUCGAUUAAAAAAAAAAAAGAAUUUUUUCUUCGUGGAGGUAAAAACAAAAGAAAAUACAGAAAAAGAAAAAUCCACUACAAUUUAAGCAUAAGCAAACGAAUGGUGUGUUCUUCUCGAAGUAGAAGAAGAAGAGAGAGUCAGCUUCCAAAGAAUUGAUAGUAAAAUGGCGGAAAUCAAAGUGGAGAGGAGUCACGAUCAACAUCUCCUUGAACCUAAAGAAGAUACUUCUUCUUCUUAUACACGGAGGAGCCUCGCCGGAAACAGACCAAGACUUGCUUCUCUCGACAUAUUCCGCGGCCUCACUGUCGCCUUGAUGAUUCUCGUUGAUGACGCUGGAGGAGACUGGCCAAUGAUUGCUCAUGCUCCGUGGAACGGUUGCAAUUUGGCUGAUUUCGUUAUGCCUUUCUUUUUGUUCAUCGUUGGUGUCUCCAUUGCUCUCUCCUUAAAGGUCAAUUUCGAACUUGAAAUCUCUCAGAAUUGCGAUGUUGUUGCAUAUAAAUCGUUUUUUGCCUUUGAAUAUUCAGAGGAUUUCGAAUAAAUUUGAAGCUUGUAAGAAGGUUGGUUUUAGAACCUGCAAGCUCCUCUUCUGGGGUCUUCUACUUCAAGGUGGAUUUUCUCAUGCUCCUGACGAAUUAACAUACGGAGUUGAUGUGACUAUGAUGAGGUUUUGUGGGAUUCUUCAGAGAAUAGCUUUAUCCUAUUUGGUAGUAGCAUUGGUCGAGAUCUUCACAAAGGACUCACAUGAGGAGAAUCUGUCAACUGGGAGGUUUUCAAUAUUCAAGUCAUAUUAUUGGCAUUGGAUUGUGGCCGCAUCAGUUCUCGUGAUUUAUCUGGCUACACUCUAUGGAACGUACGUUCCUGACUGGGAAUUUGUUGUCUAUGAUAAAGAUAGCGUUCUGUACGGGAAAAUCCUAUCGGUAUCAUGUGGAGUGAGAGGAAAGCUGAACCCUCCUUGCAAUGCUGUUGGAUAUGUUGACAGACAAGUUUUAGGGAUCAAUCAUAUGUAUCACCAUCCUGCGUGGAGACGAUCCAAGGCUUGCACCGAUGAUUCCCCCUAUGAGGGAGCUAUACGCCAAGAUGCACCUUCAUGGUGCCGUGCUCCGUUUGAGCCUGAAGGAAUCUUAAGCUCCAUAUCUGCUAUUCUUUCUACAAUCAUCGGAGUCCAUUUUGGACAUAUUAUUUUACACUUGAAGGGACAUUCAGCGCGGCUAAAACAUUGGAUCUCCACCGGUCUUGUUCUCCUCGCUCUCGGACUUACUCUGCAUUUCACCCACUUGAUGCCUCUGAACAAACAACUCUACAGUUUCAGCUACAUAUGCGUGACCUCCGGUGCAGCAGCGCUCGUCUUCUCUUCGUUGUAUUCUCUGGUCGAUAUAUUGGAGUGGAAACACAUGUUUCUGCCUCUAAAAUGGAUAGGCAUGAACGCAAUGUUGGUGUACGUGAUGGGAGCUGAAGGCAUUUUGGCUGCUUUCUUCAAUGGUUGGUACUAUCGCCACCCGCACAAUACACUGAUAAAUUGGAUUCGGGAGCAUGUUUUUAUCCGAGUUUGGCAUUCAAGAAGAGUUGGUGUGCUAAUGUAUGUCAUUUUCGCGGAGAUUCUCUUCUGGGGUUUGGUCACUGGUGUGUUUCACAGAUUCAAGAUCUAUUGGAAACUCUAAGUAGACCGUGAAAAUACCUAACUCUAUGUUGAAGUUGUUAUAGUUUAGGAUAUAUAAAAUCAAAUUCAUGGUAAGUAAUGUAGUCAAAUUCAUGAUAAGUUAUGUAUAUUUUUCGUAAACCUUGGUCAGAAUAUCCUUUGUUGAUGUUGAUGAUAUAGGCCUGUAUAUGCAUUUCAGGCCAAUUUCACCGAUCUACCGUAUUGGAACUUAAAUAUCCGAAUGAUCUGUAUCCUACUGUUUCCCACAUUUUUUUACGUAUUCUUCCGAUAGUAAUAUUCGAUAUCCUCAGAAUGGAGACGGAACCGCACCGCACUUUAUCCGCAGGUGAACCGCAUGUCUCCAUUCGAUCCGCAAUUGCUAAUUUACAAUCUCCUAAAUACCC